AUGAAGACGUCAGGCGUCUUCUCGGCGCUCCUGUCGCUGCUGUCGCUGGCCUCGGCCGCGAGCUCCAAGUCAAGCAGCAGUAGCUCCACCACACUUCCGUCCACCUUCCGACCACCCCAAGUCUUCAAGAACGCCAAUCUGGUGCACAUCAUCUCGGUCGAGAAGAACUACGUCAAAGAGAACGUCAACGUGCUCGUGCAGAACAUCGACAAGGAGGCCCAGGAUGAGUACUUCGUGCCGUUUACGGCCGACCAGCUAUCGCGCCUCGGCGGGGUGGAGGUGAAGGACCGCAAGGACAGCAGCGCGGGGCCGUUUGUCGCCGAGGUGGUCGAGUUUGACAAAGACAGUGACAUCCAGUACCUCCGCAUCCGUCUCCCCAACGCCCUCGCGCCAGGCGCGCAGCGGACCCUCGGCAUCAGCUACUACCUCCUCAAGGCCUACAAUCCCCUCCCAGCCUCGAUCAAGCAAGAAGAGAAGCAAUACCUCUCCUUCCCAUUCUCAGCCUACUGGUUGUCCGCCUACGACACGACCAAGCAAAAGACCGAAGUCAAGUUCCCAUCGGGCGCAAUCCUCGACUAUACCAAGCUCCCAGGCAGCGGCGACGUCGAGGAGUUCCCGCAGAAGAAGCUGACCUACGGCCCAUUCGACGAGAAACCCGCGGGGGCCACCGAGCCCGUCAGCGUGCGCUUCGAGUUCAACAAGCCGGUGACACACGUUUCGGAGCUGGAGCGCGACAUCGAGGUCAGCCACUGGGGCGGCAACGUAGCCUUUGAGGAGCGCUACACGCUGCACCACCGCGGCGCGAACCUGUCGUCGCUGUUCAACCGCGUCAAGUGGCAGCAGUCGCAAUACUACCAGCCCAACUCGCAUGCGCUGAAGGAGCUCAAGUUCCCGCUGCGCCCUGGCAGUGCCGACCCGUACUACACCGAUGUCAUUGGCAACGUGUCGACAUCCAAGUUCCGGAGCAACAAGCGCGAGGCCUUGCUUGAAGUUAAGCCGCGGUACCCGUUGUUUGGCGGGUGGAAGUACCCCUUCACAAUUGGCUGGAACUCGGACGCCAGCCACUUUUUGCGGAAGACGGCCGCCGGCGGGUUUGUGCUUAACGUGCCCUUCCUCGAGGGCCCGAAGCAGGCGGAGGGUGUUGAGUAUGAACAGGUGCAAAUCCGGGUCAUCCUGCCCGAGGGAGCCGAAAAUGUGCAAUACCACACCUCCAUCCCAACCCAAUCCAUCACCUCUACCAGCGUCGGAGUCCACAAGACCUUCCUCGACACCAUCGGCCGCACGGCCCUCAUCAUCAAGGCUCGCAACCUCGUCGACGACUUCCGGGACCGCGACCUGGUCAUCACAUACGACUACCCGCUCGCGGCAGCCCUGAGGAAACCACUGAUUGUGUUUGGCAGCGCCGUGGCCGUGUUUGUGAGCGCGUGGCUCGUGGGAAAUCUGGAGCUGAAAUUUGAUGCGAAGAAGAAAUAG